ACCGAAGCCGCUCGCGCUUUUCAUCCUUUUCAGUGCUCACUCUCGCUCGUCCGUGUGUGUGUGUGCGCGUGCGUGCGCGGAUCGCCGAGCGCCGUUUCAUUCUCUGCUGCCAGGAGACACGCAUCUCUUUACUCGCCGGUAGACGGUCAGUCUGCUCUAAAACAUUCCCCGUCAGAGCUCCAGUCUACCUGCUUUCAUCUCAACAAACGUUGCCGGUUUUUCUCGAUCCACAGUGCUUACCGGCAAAAACCGGGAGGAGACGCGAGUACCGACUGGGCGUUGCUGGAGGAAAAGCGCUAUAGAUUUGGUAAACCACAGCCAUCUGAUAGCUGUAGACUUCAACUAGUGGACUGAGUCCUAGGUUCCUGAUUUCUCUUUUGUUGAGACGGACCUCCAGGACUAGGACAAGAUGAAACCAGAUGGUGUUGACACAGCAACAAUGGAAGCAUUAAACACAGGUCCUGCGGUCGAAGUGGUGCCAGGGGGCGAAGCUCAGGACCAGACUUUGCCUGCAGCGCAAACAGAAGGUGAACCACAGCAAAAAGAAGCAACCAACAAGUCUGGGGAUCCCAAAGCCAAGACAAAGGCUCCUGCCAAAACAAAGACACCCACCUCUGGAACCAAGACAUCUACAACAGGCUCCCGUCCCACCACUGGCCAAAGCCAUCUGAUAAAUGGGGCACAGAAGUCACAAGCUAAUGGUGUCCCCAAAAAGACGACCACAGCAGGCCUGGAGAAGAAAACCUCAACCACUGCUGCCACUAAAAAACCAGUCAGCUCUACUUCUGCAUCCACAACCAAGACCCCAAACAAGGUGACUGAGAAAAAGCCUGUGGGGACGGCAAGACCUGCCAGUGCUCCAGCCAGUGGUGUGAAGACGACAGGGGCAGCACAGCCCAUAAAGAAAGCCCCUGCUGCACCAGCUAAUGGUCUGAAGUCUAAACCAAAAACUACAGCUCCAGCUCCAGCUGCAAGACCCGCUACUGCAUCCACCACUAAGACCAGCAUCACUGGCUCUCCUGUCCCCAAAACAACCAGGUCUGUUGGCUCAGCUCCUGCUGCCCCUAAGUCUGGGACACCGACAACUGCCAGCAAGACAUCUACAACCGUAUCCAGGCCAACUACUGGUACACCCAAGACACCAUCUACCACUGCUAAACCCUCACCUGCUAAAACCACAGCUCCCCCUGCUGGCCGCACUCCCCCUCCUAAGACCACAACACCUAUCAAGAAAGAUGUCAGUAAGCAGUCAUCUGCUCCAGCAGCCAAGAAGACCACUUCUUCUCCGCUUACCCGGCCAGCACCAACUAAGACCACCAAACCUGACACCCCUAAGUCAGCCUCCACUGCCAAGGCAGAAUCAGCCUCCAAAAAACCCACCACCUCCAGUAAGGUGGCAGAUGUUAAGACUAGUAAACCCAAGGAGAGCAAAGCAAUGUCUUCCAAGGAGGUCAACGCAAGCCCCAAGACCACAGGCAGCAAGCCAAGCACUAAAACAAGCAGCCCAAAGAAGUCAGUUGGCAGUAGCACUCCAAAGCCAUUGAAGGGUGGCCCAAAAGCCUCCCCUCCUGCAGACACAGCAGCCAUGGAGGGUGAGAAAAAGGACAUGGUACCCACUAUGGUUUCAGCCACUACUGCAGCUGGUGCUGUUGUUUCUAUGGUGACCUCUGAGGCAGCACCUGAAGACUUAGACACAUCUUUUGUUCCUGUUGCCACUGAAGAGGCACCUGAGGACUUGUUUACCCAGGUCAAUCCUGCUGCCUCUGAGGUGAAAUUAGAAGACUCAUUUACAACUCCAAUUCCUGCUUCCUCUGAGGAACUCUAAAGAGGAUUCAAAAGAAAUGGCCAAAGCUGUCAUUGCCCCUAGCACUACGAAAGCACCUGAAGACAAAGUUACACCUGUCAUGCUUCAUGUCUCUGAGGGAUCACCUGAAGACUCUGUUACACAUUUCAAUCCUGAAGAAACAUCUGAAGACAGAACUGUGUCUGCCAUUCCACCUACCUCUGUUGAGGUACGAGAGGAAACUGUUUCACCUGUCACUCCUUCUGAAGAAAUACCUGAGGA